UUCGGUUGGUCAGUCUCUAAUUUUUUAGAAGCGGAAAGUUGUGAGCAAAACGUGUGGAAAUUGUGCUCGAAACGUCAACAAAAAAUUUGUGAAAAUAACUGGGAGCGUAGUAUGCGAGCGCGGCAAUCGCAGAACUAUGAAAUUCCCCUGUGAAACGUGUAGUAAACGUUCGAAACAGCGUCGCGCCAUCACUUAAAUGCUGCAAAUCAACAAUGUGCAACGGAACAAAAAAAAACCAGUGUUAAAGUGUAUACAAAUAUAAUUUGUAUUAAUAAAAUUAAAAUAUAAAGUUUCAAAAUAAAAAAUAAACCACUUAGCUUGUCGUUAAAUUAAACUAAGUUGUGCAAAAUGAAGUGAAAAUUCAAAAUAAGAGAGUAAACGAUACAACGAAAUAUCGUUUAUGGAAAGACCGUAUCCAAAGAAUUCAAUAUCCAACAUACAACGACGGACAACAACGCAGUAUCAAUUGGGCGGGACGAUUAUUUUUGCGAGAUAGGAUCAGCUUUAGGAUAAGGCUCCGUAUACAGGGAGCCAAACGAAGGACGCAAGAGCGAAGAAGCCGGGGAGCACGCAGAGGAAGUUGCCGAAUCUCUCCCAGCGUUAUGAUUGUGAUGGCUAACAAUGUGAUGUGGCACAGAGUUGGACACCGUCUAUGCAAAUCGAGCGCGCACCAUCGCCUACAGUUGUUACCACUGGGAGUUUCAGCUUCCGUCAUCCGUGCCAGAGCCAGAGGUUAUGCAUUGAGCCCCCAAUGUUUUGGGGGCACGUCAACAAAGGCCCAGCGACAGCAGGAGCAGAAUCUGCAUCAGCAGAACCGGCAGCAACAUGACGGCUUUAACUGUGAAGUAGUGUUGUGAAAUAGAAACUAAACCGAGACCGAAACCAUACUCUACCAAAAGAGUGAACUCUCAAGCCGAACCAAGGCUCCUUCCCUGUAAACACACGUCUAAUUUUAGUUAGCGGACCAAUCUGCCGCAGCACCACCACCAUGCCCAUGUCCAGUCACGACGCGGUCUUCGUGGAGCCUGCUGUCAGCAGCAGUGGCGGCGGCAGCACCAGCAGCAUAAAUCGCGUCGGAGUAGCCAGUGGUCCCCAGCCGCCACCCCCACAUAUCGUCAUCGAUGGCAGCAGCCUGUCCACACAGGCGCAACUGCGCAUCAUGCAACGUCGCAUGUCGAUAAGUACGCGCCAGAUCCUUAGCGCCAGCCAGUCUCAGUCGAUCAAUCAGUCGCAAAAGUACGCGGUGCGUACAGCAGCCGGAACCGGAGCCCUAGGUGCAACGGCGGCCUCUUCGGGAAGCUCCGGUCAGGAACUAAUCAAUCCCCAGAUCUACAAGAUUGUGACCACGGACGGUAGCACAAGCAACGUCAUCAUUGACGCAUCAGCUGCGGCGCCACCACACAACUCCAAACUGUUGCUUAGUAAUCUCACUGUGCUCUCCAAGCAGGCACCAGUCCAAGGAGCAGCCGGUCAGCAGCAGCAGCAUCAGCUCAACUACCUGGGAGCCAAGAGUCUGCCGUAUGUGAGUGCGUCGCCGGCUAAGACGCAGCAGCAGCCCCAGAAGUUUGGCAGCAUCAGCGCAUUUAAGGCGCAACAUCAGCAGCAGCAACAACAUCCGCAUGCUACCCUGCAGAAAGUGACUUUGGGCUCCAGAGUGGCAACCCGUCUCCAGUCGUAUGUCCCGGCAUCACCGUCGCAGAUAAUGGUGCAGCCGGCGCAACCAAAGUAUGUGAAUGCCACGGCGACAACGAUAGGUGGCAAUGCUGCUCUGCUCAAAAAGGCCAAUCAAAAGAUCACGGUCAAGAGUGUUAGCAAUAUGUCGCAGCAGCAACAGCAGCAGCAACAACAGCAGCAACAACAACAGCAGCAGCAACUACAGGCCCAGCAGCUAAAAACCUUUAUCACGCAGCAGCAACAGCAGCAAACCUACAAGGCGGGGCCCAAGGCAAAGUUUGUGAAACAGACGACUGCCCUGUCCAUUGCUGCUUUGCCCCAACAGCAGCAGCAGACUACCUACGCCAAACAGUCAAUGGUCACCACGUCGACUCCCGCGAAGGUAACAAAACUGAAUAGCAAGUAUGUGCAACAGCAGAUCAGCCUGCCGCAAGGAACGCAACUGCAGCACAAAGCGUCGCCGAAUGUCGCCGGAGGAGGAUAUCUUCUGCAGCAGACUCAGGGCGCCGGCGGAGGAACUAUUAAGUUUGUCAACUCACAUGGCACCGUUAUCCAGCAGCACCCCCAACAGCAGCAGGCAACGAAGCGCACCCACUACAACAGCAGCGGGAGUAGCGACAAUGAGCAGCACGCUGUAGCCAACUCCUCUCUGAUAACCGAUGAUGUUAUGAUCGUCAAUGGAACUCAGAUGACCGACGAACUGUCUGCCCGCAUCCUGCAGAGCAUGGCCCAGAAGUCGUUUAGCCAGCAGCAGCAAAGAUUCCAUCAGGUUCCCGCCACUGGCAGCGGCAACAUGCCACCACCCACCCAAAUCAUCUACAGCAACAGCACCAGCAACGGAGCAGCCGCUAGUAGUCCGGGUGGAAAUGCAUCCGGCAAUAUGCUACUUGCCCACUAUCAGGCAGCCGGCGCAAAGCCGGUCUCCUCCGCUUCGUUCAUCACGGUCACUGGGACGCCGCCCGUUACAGUGGCCACAACGCCGUCGGUGAGCAUCUCAUCGCAUGGCUUUGCCAGUGGCAGUGCGGCCAUAUCCUCCUACAUGUCGUCGGCAACCGCAGCUCGUCGCCAGUCUGUGAGUGCGCCCAGCAGCAGGGCGGUGUCUCUGGAGCGGAAGCAGCAUCACCAGCAACUGCAGCACGAUGUGAUUGGUGGCGGGCGAAAGGCCCCAACGGUCAUCGAGUAUUACAAUAAGCACGGCGUGAAUAGCAUAGUUGGCAGCAGCAAUAACCUGGCCCAAAGCACCAGUAUGAGCAAUCUCGCAGGCCCGCGGAGUAACAGUGGAAGCGGAUUCGCCACGACCACUCCAACGCCAGCUACCCCACUUCACCUGACACCAGUGAACGUUCCAGUCCACGUGGAGGCAGCACCACCGUCUUCGCCAGCUCUGGUCAAGGGUUCGUCCCAACUGCCGGCGCAGCCACAACAACAACAACAAGCGCAUCCCUUGGGCCCCAAUCAACUGAAUGCCAACGAUGAGGAGCUGUACAUAGAAGAGGUGCGCCCGGUUCCAGUGCUGACGCAGGAUUUACGUCUGCAGCAGCUGCAUGCCAUCAUGCAGGAUCACACGUACGCCUCACAACAACAGCAGCAACAGCCUCAGCAAGCGGCUGGUGAUGCGACGAUUCCUGGAGCAGCACAGCAGGUCCAGCAGCCGCAGCAGUGGUCCCUAGGCGGUAUUGGUGUCACGGUGUCUGGUAGCCAGGGAACGCCUACAGCGGUAGGCGGAUAUUGCAGCUACUUUGGUCAGCAAAUUGCUCGCCCCCAAGCUGACGAUGAUGCCCACUCUGCUAUUAGCAGUAGUUCCCGGAUGGGAUUAGCCAGCACAGAUAUUGAUCCUGGAGAAGAGACUGAAACAGCACCAGAAGCUGAGGCCGAGGACGACUCCGUAACGCGCUGCAUAUGCGAACUAACCCACGACGAUGGGUAUAUGAUAUGCUGCGAUAAGUGCUCGGCAUGGCAACAUGUGGACUGCAUGGGCAUCGACCGCCAAAACAUCCCGGAGGAGUACAUGUGUGAACUUUGCCAGCCACGUGCAGUGGAUAAGGCGAGAGCACGAGCACUGCAGCGUCAAAAGCGCAAGGAGCACAUGCUGCUGGUGGCCACUCAAGCGGCUAAUGGUGCCGCAGCCGUGGCAGCAGGAACAACGCUCAGCGGUGGACUCGGCAGUGGUUUGCCCAUGUCAGAGGAACUACAGCACAGACUGGCAUCUGGCCUGAAUGGAGGAUUUGCCACGGGCACCGGCAUGUCGAAGAAGUCGAAGAAAACCAAAGAGAAUUCGGGAAGUACCUCUACCUUAAAGAAAGCCAAAAAGAGCGGUGUUGGUAUGGGCGGAGAGAAGAACGCCAGCGGAAGCGGUACUCCUACUGGCACUAGCGGUAAGUCCAGCAAGAAGAGCAGCAAACGAAAGAGCAAAUCUGGCGGCGAUGGAUCAAGUGGUGGGGGAAACAGCCCCGCUUUAACAGCCGCCGAGAAGCAUGCCGCCAAUCUGCGCCAGUGGAUCGAGAACUACGAGUAUGCGGUGACCAACCACUAUUCGCCAGAACUUCGCGCCCGCCUGCACGCCAUCCAGAAGCAGCCCAGCCUAUUGCAGAGCAUACAAAACACGGAGAAUAAGGCUUUGAGGCAAAUUCAACAGCAACUCUCCACGGCUGGCAGCGCAGAGCAGCUUGAGCAGAGGGCACAGCUUAUUCCGUAUGCUGGCGCCAAGGUGCUAAUAAGCAGCGUUGACUUGUCGCCCCAUGCCCCCAUCCACGAGUUACGCGGCAAGUAUAUGCUGACCACCCAGUUCCGUACCCAGAAUCCCACCGUCAACAUGAACACACCGCCGCCGAGCAACUACCUUAACAGCUUCAAGGCGCACAAGACUCCGGGACAGUUUGUAUUCUUUUACCAACUGCCCGGUGUGGAGGCGCCCAUGCAGACCCUUCGGCCGGACGGAAGUGUGCCACAAGUUGCGCAGCAACCACCAUCCUACCUAAAGGGUCCGGAGGUGUGUGUGGAUACGCGGACCUAUGGCAACGAUGCACGAUUCGUGCGUCGUUCUUGCCGACCGAAUGCCGAGUUGCAGCACUACUUCGAGAAGGGAACGCUGCAUUUGUAUAUAGUGGCAUUAACACACAUACGUGCCCAGACGGAGAUCACAAUCCGCCACGAGCCACACGACUUGACGGCGGUGGAGCAGAAGAAGUCACACGCUGCCGUCAUCCAGCCAACAAGUACCCGUUGCGCAUGCGACCUGGGAAGUGAUUGUCUCUUCGCCCUACCACUGGCCGUGCAGCAACAGCUUCAAGCUCCACCCACGCAGCCCAGGAGCAGUCACCGGAACAAGGCGGCAGCAGCAGCGGCUGCGGCAGCUGCUGCUAACAGUGCAGCAGCCAUACAGUUAACCAUGGGAUUGGGCGUCGGAGCAACGGUGGCGGCAGGAGCGACUGUGUUGCCAAAUUCCCGAAAUCGUUCCACAUCCUCGAGCGGCGAGAGCAGUCAAAUGGGCCUAAACAGUCCGCAGCUUGGACAAUUGAAUUUGGGCUUUAAAACGUCUGUGACAGCGACAUCGCUGACAGCGCCAGUUCCAGGAGUGCACUGCAACAACAGCGGCGGAAGCAGUAGCAGCAGCAACAACUCUUGCUCGGUGUCCAUGUCCAGUGUGCUACACGAUUCUGGUAUUUGCACUUCGUCCUCUUCGCCGUCGGUGUCCAUUCCCUCACCGACACCCACCCAGAUGCAGUCGCCGACCUUACAGCAGCAUCCACAACAGAUACCGCAGCAACAAUUGUCGCUUUUGCAGCGCAGUCCAACGCAACAGCAUCAGCAACAGAUCCUUGCUGCGCUGCCCACGCCGAUGCUCACGCCUAUGCUUUCACCCCAAUUGCCAAAACCAGCACAACAACAAGCCCACGUGGUAUUGCCGCAGCCGCAGCAAUCUUCGUUGCUGCAGCAGCAGCAAUCGCAGCAGAGUCAGGAGCCCUUGGCUGUUAUAGCAGCAGCAGCAGCUGCGCAGCAGCCCAUGGCCACCUAUUUUGUUCGACAACCGCAGCAACAGCAACAACAGCAAUCGCCAAAGCCACAAGCGCUUGUGGCACAACAGCAACAUGUGGUCGGUGCGCAACAGCAGCAACACUUCCUGCAGCAACAGCAGAAGCAACAGCAGCAACAACAGCAGCAGCAAAUGGCGGAUGAGGCUAGAAUGGCAGUGAGUGCGUUGCAAACACUGCAUGCCACCCCCACUUCGCAUAUAGUGUCGCCAAUCAAAGUGGCAGCAGUGCAGCAGCAAUCGCAACCGCAACAGCAACACACGCACCAACAACCACAUAACCAGCAAGCAGUACAACAGCAAUCCAAUCAACUGCAACAACAACAAUCGCAGCAGCCCAACUACCCGCUGUCGCCACAGCGUCAGCAAAAACCUCAGCCCGUACAGCAUCAGCCGCAGAUAGUAUUUUCAACGGGAGCACAGGCGAUUCCAGCAACAACGCCCACCAAAUUGAAUUCACCCGUUAAAAGUGUGGCGCCAGUGAUAACCAACAAUAACAUUACGGUCAGUGCUCAAUCCGCGGUGGUGGGCGGAAAGAAAACCCCUGCCAAGCAUCCCCAGCAGCAACAACAACAGCAGCAGCCAUUGACACCGGUUUCGGCAGCUUCGGCUCCAGCAGCAACACCUUCGUCAUCGGAAUCCAAAGAUGAUGAUGUUUCGCCAAGUGUCACAACCACUCCCACAACACGAACGCCUGCCAAGGAUAAGCCGAAGCAGUCGCGCGAAGAUCGCAAGCUGGAGGCCAUUCUGCGAGCGAUUGAAAAAAUGGAGAAACAAGAAGCUCGCGGAAAGAAGGACACACGCCAGAGCAGCGGUGGCAAGAGGCAGGCGAGCAACUCGCCCGCUUCGCCCAACAAGCGUAAUAGCUCGAACUCCAUCAGCGAGGAUGUAGAGACGCCGACGAGUACUAACUCCGCAGCGGCAGCUGCCCAACGACGAAAUAAGAAGAAGCGUAAGGUUAGUCGCAGCUUGAAUAACAACACGAAUGGCUUGGGCUCGGGUGGUGGCAGCAAUAACAAACGACGGAAGAGUAUCGUGGUGGAGUCGGAUGGAGAGUCUCAUGCAUUAACCAACUCAGAGUCGGAGGAUCAAGGUCAGCAUCCUCAGUCGCAUCACAGCGGAUCCGAGGAUCAGGCGGCAGGUCUUCUUCUGGCCCUGGCCCACAACAACUCCUCACCGAAUGAGCCAUUCAAGUCGCCAUCAUCCCAAUCACAUUCCCUGCCAGCAACUCCAGCCUCUGUGAGUAGUGCUUGCCUGCUAAUUGAGGCCGCUAUGGGACCACUGCAGCAGCAACCGGCACCGGCUUCAGCGUCGCCUUCCUUAACCGAAUUCAAGUACCCGCCCGGUGGGGCCAAGACCAAAAAAUCGCUUAUGUCCAGUUGGUUCCAGCAGGCAGAACAGCAGCACGCAUCCGGCUUGGACAGCCUCGUGCAGGCGGCUAUGAGCGAAAUCAACGGCGAGCGUGACCAGCUUCAACGCCAACCGCAAGGCGAAUCCUUGCCAGCGCCGGCUUUGCUGAAGGUAGAACAGUUUAUACAUCAGGCAGAGUCCACAACAGCUGUUCCAGCUCGGGAACAACUGCACCUACCACUCCAAAAUAACUCGUCAGUGAAGAAGCGCUGGUUGCGACAAGCCAUCAGUGAAGAGACCACACCAGUCGAUGAGCUUCAGCAGUCACAAAAUCAGUCGGUAACUGCCACUCCCUCUCCACAGCCGGUACCAACUGUUUCUCCGCUCGCGAACGGAUUUAGUACUCCGCUAAAGAAGAGGCGCCUGGUGGUCGUAAGCAAUGGAACGAACGUGGAGGCUGAUGAGACGCAUAUCGACGUAAUAGGGGAGCCAAAGGAUGAAGCAGAGGAGAAUGUCGCAAUGACUGAAUUGAAGGUGGAAAUAGAAAACCACCAUCAAGAGCAAGAUGACGACGUAGACAUCCUGCGUUCACCCAGUCCGGGUACUCAUCAAAUAGUGGCAGAGGAUAAUCUGGUUAAGAUCGAGCCGGAGGACACAAGCGCUGCAGCCGAUGAUGUGAAGAUCGAUGUGGAACGAGAGGAGAGCCAGGCAUGCGAUAAGUUCGAGGAAAUGGUCAAGGUUAAGCGCGAAGAAGAAGAGCAGCGUGAGAAGGAAAUCAAACUGCUGCAAGAACGGCAGGAACACGAACAGCCUAAAGUUGAGCCCGUCCCGGUGGAACCAAAGCUUGAAAAUACCGUAGCGAAAGCGGAGCCCAAAGUGGAGCCAAGUCAAGACAUAGUGUCUAAAAAGGAGCCAACAAAGGUGGAACCCAAGCCGGGCGAGUCUCUGCUGCGCACGACAGCGACUGUAACUGCAGCAACUACUGCAGCAGCAAUCGCUGCGACAACUCUGCUCGACGUGAGCAAAGUGGCAGUCAAGAUUCGACCACCACUCAAGCUGGAGGAUGAACCGCAAAAGAAAAAGCCAAAGCUGGAGUCAGUAAUUCCAGCGCCAGUAGUAACAGUGCCUCCAGUUUCAGCUCCUCCGAUACCAGCUGCAUCAAAUGCAACUACAUCGGCGGUAACAAACACUGCUGCGGCGCCACUUACAACAACAACUGCUCCUUCCAGUACCAAAAAUCUCACCGAACACGAUAUACAGGAACGCUUGCUGUCGUUCCAUGCAGCCAACAUUUCCUAUUUGCAGUCUAGAAACAAAAAGGCAACCGCAGCUUUGACCUCCGCCUCCCCCAGCCAGAAGAGCAAUAGCAGCAGUGGCGGUAGUGGCACAGAGUCGAAAAAAUCAUCCAAGGAUAAGGAUGAAAAGCGCGACAAGGAGAAGCAGCUAAAGAAAUCGAAAAAGGAGAAGAAAAAGUCGAAGGAGAAGGAGAAGCAAAAGGCAGCAGUUAAUGUUAAUUCCACUUCGCAAAUUGUUGACGCCAAGAAAAAGACGAAUCAGCCAUCGAAGCCAGACAGCAAAUCCUCAAUAGCGCCGGUCCUAAUUCCACCUAGUUUGCCAGUUGCUACUGCAAAUGGCAAGACCAAGCACACAGCGUACAACAACGUGGACCAGCAACAGCAGCAGCAGCAGCAAAUGAGGCGCCGCACCAUGUCUAUGUGUAUCACACCAGUUACUCCGACACCGGUGGUCACGCCAUCGCCGUUGCAUGGAACGCCACCCUCAACUAAGAAGCGCCAGACCAACUUCGAGCAGGAACUCACGAAGCCUAACAGUCAGAUCCUGAGUAGUAGCAUCCUAUUGAACAGCAGUAAGGGACUUGGCCUGCCUCUCGCCGCCCCCACAGUGGUUAGCGUGCCCACGGCCGUUCAACAGCAGCAGCAUCGUAAGGAGAAUAACCACCAGGAGGCGACUCCAGCCAGUGGCGGUGCUAUGAGUCUGGCGGCUGCUAUUGCUAGCGGAAAACUGAAUGCUAUUAGCCGAAGGCGAGAGUCCAUGUGUGGUAGCCGGCAGCAGCAGGCUCUAAUUGCGGCUGCCUUGAAGAAGGAAAAGAAGGAGAAAAAGAAGAGCAAGAAAAAGGAUCGAGAAAAGCAAAAGCACGAUAAGCAAAAGGGCAAGGAGAAGGAGCGAGAAAAGGACAAAGAGAAGGACAACAAGCAAAAGACUAAUCACAUACAGAAGCCUGCUCAUCCGACACCAGUCCUAGCUAACUCGAUUCCAAUUUCGGCACCCGCUCCAGUAUCUGUAUUGGGUCCAACGCCCGUGCCGACGCCCAAGGCUGCUCCUAUCCCAGUUUUGAUAACCCAGCCCACACCGUCACCGAUUCUUGUAACCCAACCAUUGGUUAACAAUUGCUCGGCCAAGGUAGCAUCGCUUCCCUUUUACAACACAAUCUACGGCAAGUUGCAGGACCCUUCGACGCCAACUAGCAGCCCCCUUCCGGUCACUAACACCAUGCCCAGUCUGGCCGAAUAUCUGGAGUCUACCAAAACCAAGACAACAGCACUAUCGGCAGUCAAGCCCAUUGGAAUUGCAGCAGUAACGCCUCUCAGUAGCGCCAUAACUCCUGCCAAAGUUGCGCCUUCCUCCCUUGAAAUGCCACCUCCGGCCACCACACCAUUGAAACUGUAUACGCGGACCGCCAGCCAUGAUCCGCGGCUGAAUCCCAUGCUAACGGUUCCAGACCCCACUCCCAUGCCGAAACGUAAGCUCUCCAUCAGCGAGUAUCGGAUGCGCCAUCGUCCAUCGGUAGACACGGCGCCAACCACGCCGACAACACCCACAACUCCUACCACUCCAACUACACCACCGGGCAAUAAGGAUCGCCCCUUUGCCAAGCCACAAACCAUUAACAAGUGCUCACUUCAGUCGCCGGAACGCUUUCAGGCGGCGAUUCGGGAGCGGCGCAACUCGAUCAGUGCGCACCAUCCGCAGCAAAACGCUCACCACAAUCUGAACAACAAUAAAGGCAGCAUCGGCAACAAGGGCGGAAGCAGCAGCGGUAAUCAUUUGCAGCAAGCGUUGGGCGUCGCUGGUGGAAGAUUGCAAUCCAAGAAUGCGAUAGUAGAUCCAUCGGCCACCACCUUAAGUACGGUGAAUAGCAUACUUAGUACGGCUCAAAAGCUGCACAUGUUUGAUGAUAAGCCAAAGGGUGGCCACUUCAAUGCUGCACCCACACUACUCGAGCAGCAACAGGAGAAGAUGAGCGAACGAUCGCGUUGCUUGCAGCGGACCAUAUCCUGUGACUCGCGGGUCAUCGAGCGAUUGGGCACAGGCGCCGCUGCAGGUGCCUUGGAGAAAGUUACCACGGCAUCAAGCAGGCGCGAUGCCGUCUGAUUAGUAAACUAAACAAACUGCUGACCACAAAAAAGUAAUACAGCUUCCAACGAAGGCCGUUUUAUAGCAGAUUGAUUCAAAUUUAUGUAUUUGAUAAUAGCUUACCGGUACCAAACAAUUAAAACAACCAACCCGUUCUUUGAUUUUGCAAAGCCAAAUUAUAACAACAAUUACAACGCGCAUAUAGUAUGAGCUGCAUACCUUUAUGUAAUGUGAAUUGAAAUCAGGAGACGGAUGACAUGCAACCAAAUGCUAUCAAUGAUUGUAUAUUGGGAGACAAACACACACUUUGCAUAGCAAGAGAGUUUGGGGAAACUGAAAACGAAGAUUAACUAAAUUACUUAGUUACUUUAUAGUAUCGUUUAUGUCACAGCAAUCAAACCGCUUAACCUAUGAUAUAUAUAUAUGCACAUGUAUAUGCUAGACACCUAUAAAUAGAGCCUAUGUAGAGCGAUAUAAGCAUAAACUUACAUAGCACAUAGAAUACGAAUACAGAUUAGGCAGCCAAAUUUGAAGUUGUAAAAAUGUUAGAAACCACUCUUGGCUUAUUUACUAAUUGAAUAUGUAUUUUUAGUUAUUAAGUUCAAUCAAUCCUGAAAAAGUUCCGUUUUCGCCAUUGCAGAGGAGCCGAAAGUAGAUGUGCGCAAGGUCCAUCCCUACAUAAUAUAUAUUUUUGUGUCACUUUCGUUUAAAUUUUGAAUUACUUAUAAUCGUAGAAAUAAAAAAGUAUAUAUUAAUCACACUUAACUACAAUAUUUACCCAAAAAAAAGGAAAACAGUUUAGCCAGACUUAAAAAAACACGCAAAAGCAAUAUUUAAAACAAAUUACCUAAAACAGAACUUGGCAAAUAAUACAAAAUGUAAUUGUUAGAGAGACCAAGCGAAAACAAAAUCCGGGACUAACAAAACUGUACAUAAUAUUUUUAAGACCCAAACAUGAGCAACCAAAAGGAUGAAAAUAAAAACUACUUGUCUUAUUAAGCAAGUUAGUUAAGUAAGUUAAAAAGAGUACAAAGCGAGGGUUAAUUGAUUGAAAUUAUGCUAAUGGAUCGCGUUAAAAGUGUAAAUAGUGGCAGCAACAGAAAGUGUCCGUAGCCAUUUUCGUAUAUAGGCUUAAUUAUUUUAAUCUUUCGAAUUUCGCCUAAAGUAAAAUAUUCACAAAUUAAUUGUAACAUUAAUUUGUUUAAUAAAUAGCUUGUCAUUAGACUUAGAUCAAGAUUUUAUUCGGAUCAAUGCUCACCGACGAAUGUGCCAGAAAAUUUUGUUUGUUGCGUAAAUUAAAUCCGGUGAAAUUUGCCAGAUUAAAUUUUCGUAACCGUUUUCGAUAUGUUCCUUGUUGCAGCAUUUUUCAAUCUUCACAGUGAAAAAUAUACCUAAUUUGUUUACUUCCAAUACGCACACACAAAACAAAAUAUUGGAAACGAAAAUAGAAAGAAACUCAUUUAUGGACCCUGUGAAAAAUGAUCUAUUAUUGAUUCAGAUAGUCUUUGUUACGGAUCACAAACUGGACAAAACAUGUUGUAAAAAACAUAAGUUGUAAAAGUGUUUACCAAUCUCUAUUGAGGGGCAAUAGUAUAUAUGAUCGUGUACAUAUGCAAUUUUAAUUCUAACAGGCAAAUCAUGCAGGUGGUCUUUGGCGAAGCGCUUUUUAGUUUUAAUUUAAAAUUUAUUUUUGUAAAUAUGCAUAUGCAACGUUUAUAAUGUAAUCAUCGCGUAAGUGUAAAAUAUUUAACUAAGCCGAUUUUAUGAAAAGUAUGUUGUUAAUUUUUUUUAGCGCUGUACAAUAGAAACAAGACCUAUAUUAAACCUUUUGUUAGUUAUCUAUAGAACAUAAAUAUGGACAAUAGUUCGUAAUUUUCGUAAUAGUUUUUUAUAGUUCUAGCAUAAAGGGAAAACGAAAUUAUUUAUAACUUAUUUGGUUGGAAAUACCUACUCGUAAUAAUUUGUACUCUACACCUAGAUUCUUUGUAAGCGCGAAUUUGAAUUGUAAGUCUAAGCAUAAUGGUUUUAGUCAUAAGUAUACCUUGGUUCAACAGAUGUAAAUUAAACACGUUAAUUGUUUACUAAACACAAACACAAGCAUGCCUAAAGAAGUCGGCAAACAAGCUUCGUCUGUAAAAUACAUUACAAAUGAAUUGAUAAGAUUCUUUAACAAUAAACAAAAAACCGAAAAACACAAAUAAAACGAAAUUAAAAUGAAAA